ACUGAAAAACGAAGUAGAACGACAGAGCCGGGUGAUCCCAGACUGACUCACACUCAAAAUGUACGCCUGGAGGAGGUGACUGGAGUGAGCGCUCCUAGACGCACCAGGACCUCCUUUAUUUCAGAGGUGCUCAGCUCAAGACAGCCUGCUUUGGAUCUCUCAGACUUAAAGGACCCGCGUCCACCCACCAACAGCCCUGCCCCCGCGCCUCGGCGUCCUGACGUCACGGUUGCACACCCUGGAGGGGGCGGGGAGAAGCAGGAGCCUGGGUCUGGACUGGAAUUGAAUGUUUGGCGGCUCCUGCUGAGGGAGCUGCUGUGGCACUGCUGUGUUUUCUUCUGGCAAUUUUCGCAUCAGGGUCUGGUGCCAGGCCCAUACAUGGAUCUUGCUCCUCGCCAGACCCAGGCUGCUAGCCUUCUAUCCUUUCCAAGUGGUUAAGCCUUAGGAGGACACUGGGAGAUGUGCAGAAUGUCAACAAGAGUUUUGGCUUUUGCUCCCGAGACAGAAAUUCAGAGAAUAGCAACAAAGAGAAUGGCUGCAUCUCCAGUAAAUGCUCACCAGGGUCUGUUGACAUUCAGGGAUGUGGUUGUGGACUUUACCCAAGAGGAAUGGGAAUGUCUGGAGUCUUCUUGGAGGGCUUUAUACAUCGAUGUGAUGCUGGAGAAUUACAACAAUCUAGUCUUUGUAGAGAAACAUCGUAUAUGUAGAAAAAAUGAAAAGUUCUUAGAUCAAGACUCAAAGCACAUUGCCUAUCAGUCUGUGAAUAUCCAAAAGAAGCCUCAUAAAUAUAACAAACUUGGCAAAAUGGUUCAUGAAUCAUCCCAAUGUACACUUUAUAACACAAAUGAUACUACAGAAAACUGCAACGAAUAUGAUUGUGGCUACCACAUGGAUGCUUCUGUUGAAUCAUCAAACCAUAAAAGUGUGAACAGUGGAGAAGAACCCUGUAAAUGUAAAGACUGUGGAAAAUGUACCACCACUAGUCAAAAUCACAGAAAGCACAUUGGAAAGAAAGAACACAAAAAUACAGAAUAUGAUGUAUCAUUCGACUCUAAACAUAAACUCACAUUGAAACAAUUCCAUAGUAGAGAGAAAAAACACCAAUGUAGGACAUGUGGACAAUGCUUUCUGACACACUCGAGCCUCAAUAGACAACAGAGAAAUCAUUCUGGAUCAAAAUCCUACAGUUGUGAACAAUGUGGCAAUUGCUUUUCUCAGUUGUAUCAGAUUAAAAAACAUUUCAAAACCCAUACUGGAGAGAAAUAUAGUGACUGUGAAAAUUCCUUCACCAGUGUUUCUCAUCUUAGGAAUCAUCAUAUAAAUUACACAGGAGAAAAACCUUACAAAUGCAGUGAAUGUGGUAAAUGUUUUACCCGACUGACACAUCUAAGAACUCAUCAGAGACUUCAUACAGGAGAAAAACCUUACAAAUGUAGUGAAUGUGGAAAAUCCUUUACUUGUGGCUCAACUCUUAGAGAACAUCAGAGAAUUCAUACAGGAGAGAAACCUUACAAAUGUAUUGAGUGUGAGAAAUCAUUUAAACAUAGCUCAACUCUUAGAACACACCAAAGAAUUCACACAGGAGACAAACCUUACAAAUGUAGUGAAUGUGAGAAAUCUUUUACAUAUGGCUCAACAUUCAGAAACCAUCAGAGAUUUCAUACAGGAGAAAUUCCUUAUAAAUGUAGUGAAUGCCAGAAAUCUUUUGCAUGUGUCGCAACACUUAGAAACCAUCAGACAUUUCAUACAGAAGAAAAUCCAUACAAGUGUAGUGAAUGUAAGAAAUUCUUUACAUCUGGCUCAAAUCUUAGAAAACAUUACAGGAUUCAUACAGGACAUAAGCCUUAUAAAUGCAGUGAAUGUGAGAAAUCAUUCACAUUUGUCUCAACUCUUAAAAGACAUCAGAACACUCAUACAGGAGAGAAACCUUACAAAUGUAAGGAAUGUGAGAAAUCUUUUACACAUGACUCAAGUCUUAGAAUACAUCAGAGAAUUCAUACAGGGGAGAAACCUUACAAAUGUAGUGAAUGUGUCAAAGUCUUUACGCGCCUCUCAAGUCUAAGAAAACAUGAGAAAAUUCACACUAGGAAAGAAAUUUUCAAGAGUCGAUAAUAUAGCAUACCUUUUAUUCAAAUCUGUGUCCUAGAGACCACUGCAGGCUCCAUUGUAGAAAAUCAUUAUGGACAUGAGAAACCCAUGAAAGCCUUAGAUAAUAUCAAAAAGUUUAUAUUGAGAAAAAGUUCUAAAAAUGAGAAAUACGAGGAAAAUUUGUACUUCAACAGUUUACUUUUUUACCCUUAAAUACUGCAUAAUGAAUAAAAAAUAUAGAAUCCAAAACAAUGUCGUGUGUUUGCAGCCAUUUACUGGAGACUGAAAUAUUUCAAAUGGAGAGGAACCUGAGUAAAUGGGUAAAAAUAAAUCACUUUAGGAAAUAUUAGAAAGUGAAAGAAUUCUCUCUGCUUAACUCACAUGAAGAAACUUCAACAAGUUCUGCUGCUUAGAUGAGGCUCUGACAAACUGGUCACCAAGAAAGGAUGUCCUUCAACCUGUGGAUAAGCCUGCAAGUGUGCAGUGUGCCAUGGCUGUCCAGUUGUCCUAAGCUGUAUCCCAUGAAGCUUUGGAGUUAGUUACAUUAUGGAAACUCUGUGAGUCCCUUUUCCCCACAUAUUCCUGUAACUAACCUGAAUAAAGCUCAUUGAUUCAA